UCUUCGUUACUAAAAGUACAGUAACUGUGUGUGGCGAAUGCUUUGUCCCUGAUUGUGUACUGCAAUGUUUGGUUUCGGCAAACCAGCGCCACCGAAGCGUGAGCGAAAGCGAGAUCCGGCGGAGUUUGGAAUAUUCGGACUAUCGAACGACAUCUCUGGACUCGGAGAUGAAGCAGACGAUGCGAGUGAUGCGGAUGAUGAUGCAUUGGAAGCAGAACUGGCAGCUAUUACGGCGGGUUUGGGUGGUGCUCGAAAGCCUAAAGCAAAACCAAAUCCGAAAGGCAUUGUGGCACCACAGGAGCUGGAUGCAAUGGUAGCAGCUAGUUUGCGUGACGUCGGAAGUGACGACGAUGGGACCGAUGAUGAUGACGAUGACUCAGACUUGCUGGAUGAACUGUCUGCAAUCACGGGUGGUGGUGCUGUCGCAGACGAGGACGACGGGUUCAAAGAGGAUGGUACUCAAUCCAAAGCUCCGGCAGCUCCUGCGAGAAAAAGUUCUUCAAAUGAAGAAUUGGUUGCAUUGCUUAAAUCACGUGUGGCAAUGUAUAUGCAGGCGGAAGAGGGUGCAAAGAAAGCGGGUGAUUCCGGCAAGGCGAGAAGAUUUAAUCGAGGGCUUAAGACGCUUAAAGAUCAAUUAAAAAUGGCCGAAGCGGGCAAACCAGUCGAUCAGAGCGAAAUUCCUCCGGAAGUGAGCGUCAAACUGGCAGCUCCACCGAAGGAUCCUACGGAUGAUGUAGCGAAGUCUAGCACUGCACCUGUUCGUCCAGCGCCGCCGCCUCCGCCGCCUGCAGUGAUAAUUCCAUCCUCUCCCGAUGAACCAGGACCGUCUCGAUCCGCACCACCGGUCCCACCAAGACGGGAGGCAAAACCACCACCCCCGACGCCUGCACCUGUAUUGCAAGAUACAACUGCAAUGGAAAACCCUAAGCUAGCUCUUCUCAAUGAGCGAAAGCAGCUCUACAAACAGGCUGCACUAAGCGCGAAAAAAGCCGGCAAUAAUGAGCAAGCGAUAGCGUACGUAAAGGUUCUCAAACAGUUCGAUGUGGUAAUUCGUGCCAUAGAGAACGGGGAGGAGGUAGAUCUUAGUCGAAUGCCACCACCACCGAGUGAGCUUAACAUCGCGCAAUCCAGCCAACCAGCAGUGCCUUCCGCGAGCAAAGCGAAACAGGAGGAAAAGGUACAGAAAGAAGCGGAAGUGCCUUCAGCACCAGUUUCUUCCACUUCUGCGGAACAACCCGCAGCUGAAGAGGAAGAGGAGGAAGAGGAAAAUUUAAUUCAAGCUUCCACUGUGCUGGAAGCACUCGAACAGCGAUUGGAAAAAUAUAAAUCCGUCGAACAGGCGGCCAAAGACGAGGGCAACAGUUCGAAGGCUCGACGCAUAGGACGAAUUGUGAAGCAGUACCAAGAUGCAAUAAAGAUGCAUAAAGCUGGGAAACCGAUUCCCAUUGAUGAGUUACCGACACCCCCCGGUUAUGGGCCUAUCCCAGUCGAUGGUCCUCCAAAGCCAUCGGUACCGGCUGUGGCUAAAAAGCCUGCACCUUCAAUACCGCCGAAACCUCAAACUACAUCGCCGCUUGUUCCGACCGUAGAUCCAGUCCCGGGGACAAGCAAGAGCUCACCGAAACCAAUCACUCAGUUCGACAAACAGUUAAACCUUCUGCUGGAACGUCACCGUGAGUAUAAACAGGCGGCUAUAGAAGCGAAAAAGGCCGGUGAUCUCGAAGAAGCGAAGGAAUGUUUGCGAGUGUUUAAGGGAUUGGAAAAGUUGAUAGAGGUAGCCCGUGCUGGCGGGAGGGUUGAUUUAACAACGGUGCCUAUUGCUCCCUCGAAACGGAAUGCUCUCGAAGCUUCCUUUACCAUCGUUAACUCGGAGGACUGUGAUCAGGCGGGAGGGGAAGUCGCUCAGCCCGCGGCAGAUGAGGGCGUUGAUGGUGAGACACGCGUACGGUUGGAGGAGCAACUGUCGAAGCAGUUAAUUAUCUGCCGAAACACACGCGACCAUCAUCGGGCGAUGGGAGACAUUGCGGGAAUGAACAAGUUCGAAAACCUCGCCCUCAACGUACAGAAGGAUCUCGAUUUGGUGCGAUUGGGGCAUCGGCAAGGCUUACCGCUGCCCAAGUUCCACUACGAAAAGUUGCAGUUUAAUGUGGUCAAAUGCAACACGGAUCUGUCGGAUAAUGAGAUUGAAAUAUGUGUGGUGCGAGGAAUCAAUUACAAUGUUCCCAAUCCGAAGGAUGUGGAUACUUAUGUGAAGUUCGAGUUUCCCUAUCCGCAGGAGGAUCCACUGAAGGGCAGGACGAAUCUCGUAAAAGACACUCACAGUCCGGAGUACAAUUACCAGCAAACGUUCGAAAUUCAACGUAGCCAGCGGAACUUCCAACGGAUCUUUAAGAGGCACGCUCUGAAAUGUGAAGUGUUCUCGAAGGGCUGCUGCUGUCACGGUCCAUCAACUGGACUUUUCUCCUGUUUCAGUGGUUUCCUUCGCUCGGACGUGCUGAUUGGUACGGUGACGGUCAAGUUGCAGCCGCUGGAGACGCAGAUCGAAAUUCACGAUUCAUUUCCGCUAAUGGAUGGAAGGCGUACGGUCGGUGGUAAGCUCGAGGUCAAAAUACGUGUCCGUAAUCCCAUACUGACGAAGCAAAUCGAGCAGGUUAACGAACGUUGGGUGGUGCUCGAUUCAUAGACACACUUCCGGGACGACG